CAUGUUUAUUGGUUAAAGCUUAGCGUGGGACUUUAGCGAAGGAGACUGAAAUAAAGAUUCUCUGUGAUAGAGUUCAAAUUAUCUUAUAAUUAGAUAAUUGUUUGCGGUUAGAAGGGAACGGCAACUGUUUAUAAGGCUUAGGAAAAUACCACGACUCCCCCUGGGAAAUAUGUAUGUAAAUUCACGACUUUAGGUGAUCUAUAGUUGUAGUACUGUGACAUCACUGGAACCCCUCUUUCGUCUGUGAUUGCUUAAAUAUUGUAUUGUAUAAUUUCAGAAAUAUUUCUGUCGGAUGGGUGUUACAUAUGAAAAUGUCACAUUGGAUACUAAACCUGAACCAUCCUUGGAGUAUACGGUAGUAGCCGUGGCUCUGCCCCUACUUAUAUUCAUUAUCGGGCUUGCAGGUAAUAUACUGGUCAUCAUUGUAAUUGUUAAAAGGAGGAGCCUCCAAACCCCCACUAAUUGUUACCUCCUAAGUCUGUGUUUCGCCGACUGUAUCCUCCUGCUCUCUUCGAACCUUCCAACCAUUCCCGAACCCCUUCUUCCGGCAGAAGAUUGGCCUUAUGGAUCCUUCAUGUGCACGUUGUGUGUUUUUCUCGGCUAUCUGGGGGCAAAUGUUUCCUCGCUCUCCAUAGGCGCCUUUACGGUGGAAAGAUACAUAGGGAUAUGUCAUUCCUUGAAAGCUCAAACAAUCUGCACGGUCAGCCGUGCGCGAAGGAUACUUCUAGUGUUGUGGACCAUUGCUGUGUUAUAUUGUUCUCCAUGGCUUGCCUUGGCCAAAGUUGUUCCUACUUAUCGGAACAGCACAUUGGUCUACAGUUGUACCUAUACAUUAAAACGAUACUACUAUGGGAUUUACUAUGUUUUUGAUUUCCUUGUAUUCUAUGUGGUGCCUCUUGGUCUAUCCUCUGUGCUUUACUUUUUCAUGAUUAGAUUGCUAUUAAAGGAUGGGGCUCCGAGGACAACCCAAGAUCGAUUCUUACGGCAUAGAAGUAGAGGGGUGGUGGCCCGAAUGCAGGUUGUGCGCAUGCUUGUUGUGGUCAUGGUGCUGUUCGGAACUCUAUGGCUUCCAUAUCGGAUUGUUGUUAUCUACAAUUCCUUCCAAGAAAAUCUGCAGUUUAAGGAUUCCUGGUUCUGGCUUUUCAGUAGAACAAUGGUUUUCGUCAACAGCGCUAUUAAUCCUAUCAUUUACAAUAUGCUAUCUGUCAAAUUUCGGCAAGCAUUUCGGAAUAUUAUCUGCAAAGACAAGGAGAGAGGGACGUUUAAUCAAGGUUUGGACACUUCUCUCCGCCUAUCGCACAUGUCCAGGAAAUCCUCACGGUACUCCUUCACUGCUGAAAUGUUGAUGAAUGGUCGUAUUGUUCAAGAAGAAAGGCUAGUUCCAUGGACCAGAAGUUUCACUCAAUGAAAAGACGAGGGAAAUAUUCAGCAGUAAUGAAAUUGUAUUUCAAAUUUUAAUCUAUGUUCACGUGUGACAUUUUGAAUUUGUAUUUUAGAUAAAUGAUAAUGAUGUUUUAAGAUAGAUGAAAGCAAUGAUCUACAAUGAUAUUAGGUAAAAAUUCCUGACAUUCACAAAUUUAAGGAAUCGUCUUGUAAAAAUGCCUUGCCCAGUUUUGAUGGGGUGUUUUUCAGAACGAAAAUACUUUAGUUUUCCUAUAAAAUAAUGUAAGAUUGGAUAUAUUCGCAUAUUUACAUGAAUAUAUACCUUUGUCUUGAUUACCUCUUCUUCUUCUGAUGGAAUAUAUAAGAUUAUUAACUUAAAUAGACCAAAGAGCAGUAACUUCUGCAAACUCGUCUUUUUAUGAGUAAAACAAUUUUAUAUCGGAUAUUUAGUCGUAUGAGCUGAUUUCAAUGUAUAAGGAUCAGAACUGGAAUAUAUAUGCAACCAUCUGCAUUGUUCUGAAACAUUCAGCGUAUAGAAAUGGUGCGGUCAUACUUCAUAAAGAUAGUUCUAUUCUUGAUACUGUUUUGUUACCAUCAUCUUAACUUGAAAGGGAUAUCAAUGACGUUAACCAGUUUAAGUUGAAUGUAAAAUUCAUAAGUUUGCUAAAAAAUAAAUUAGUUAAGUUUAGUAUUAAAAUUUGAAUAUAAAAGAAAAUCACUACAUAUCUUACAAAGAUUUUUCCAAAUAAAUGUUGCAAUUGUU